GUAUCUGUGAGGCUUCCCCCAGCAGCAGAGCCCUGGGUGGAAGUCGGAGUGAGCUGCCAGAAAGCCGGGCAGGGUGUGGGGUUUGUUUUGGCAAGGUCGAGAUCCUACGUUGUCGUAGGCCCUGCAACUCUAUUGUAACCGAGAUCCCCUAUAUACAGUAUAUACCCGCCUUUCAAUGCUUCGUUUGUGCUUGGCCUCUCUAUGCGUCAGUACUUUGACCACCACACUGGGUGUCUCUGCGCAAGGAGCACCUGAAACGGUAGCUAAUCGCUUAGUAGGAUGCUUUCGCAACGAUGACACGAAUCCCCUCGUUACCAACUUGGGGUCGUUCGAAGAUUUAGGACGCCUUUCGACCUUGCAGGGCACCAUAGAAGGCUGCUUGGAACUCUGCGACAAGCAGUCGUUGGACAUGUGCGGGCUUGCGGCACCCAAUCCAUUACAGGGCACUCCUGGUUUAUGCCUGGGUGCCGACUUUAGCAUUGGCUUUAGAGAAUGGAGAAGAACAGCGGAUGCCCCCGACGCAAAUUGUAGCGCACCGUGCCCGGUGGUUGGGAACAUACCAGGCGGUUGUGGAGGCAUGCCCGCACCACCAACAAGCCCGGGUGGAUUCGUUACGGUGUAUCGAAUAGGAAACGGGACUAGGUGGGGACACCAUCGGCACACGGAGGGCGUUUCGGCAACAACAAUCGUGACGGGCCAGCUCGUAGGAGCGACGCCAGUCCCAUCCGCCCGCAAUGCCACAGCAACAAUGGCCGCCGACAGUUCCACUCCCAUCAUCGAUCCCACCACCGGCCGCGCAUCAACAAACCAACAACAACCUCCUACCACAACCAUCAUCCAAGUCGCCGAAGACGCCCACAAAAACUGGGACCAUUUCCGCCGCCGCAAAAAAAUCAUCAUCGCAGCCGUCUCCGUUGUCGCCUUCCUAGCCGUCUUUGCAGCCUCCGUCGUUAUGUACCACAGCAGACGAGGACGGUCACGUCGCAACCGCAACCCCAGCAUCCGUGGUGGUGAUGAUGGUGACAACCCUCCUCAAAUGCAAUCCGACAGCUACCUGGGACUCAUCGGUAACAACCCCGACGCGUCCAUCUCCCGCGAAUCCGUCGCAUCCUCCCGAAUGCUCCACCCCCUUUCCGCUACCGCCUCCAGCAUGUCGCUGAUAUCCACACCGCCACAAGCCCUAUCCCGCAAACCCACCCUAGCAUGUCUGCUUGAACCGCGUGCCAUGACACCCGAGAACAUCGCGCAUCGUGUACCGUCGUUCACGGGCCCGGAGGAGGCGCAGAGUGGGGGGUUCAGUAUGAACUAUAUGGCGGCGUAUGGGCAGAGGGCGCAGGUUGCGCCGUGGGAGGCGAUGGAGAGAAACAAGUAGAUAUCUAUAUAGUUACACCGAUAUUGUAGAUGCGGGAAGGCUGGAUCUUUUCCCCUCUGAGGACUAGCAGAGAGAUACCUUUUCCACAUUUUAAGACAUAUAAAUGUACACAGUAAGACUGGGGCGGCGCUAAUAAUACAGACAACGCUUGGUGCUUUUAAGUUUCGAGUCCCCGUUCCGCAU